ACGCAAUGAAAUCUUUGUCCAUGAUUUACGUUGGUGUCUUUCUCCCUUCGUUUUGUUGUCCCUCCCUCUCACGCUUUUUUCUUGUCUUCCUUCCUCCACCGAUAUUUUCAAUUUCCCAAUUCUCAUUCCGAUCAAACCCUUCUCUUCGAUGACGUCGUAGCUCAUCCAUCACCUCUUCAAAAUGCACGCUUUCAAAGAUAAAGUCACACAGAAGCUUUCGCAUCUCUUUGCCAAUAAUUCACCUGCCUCCUCUUCCCCUCAGGCUAGUUCCUAUCCUAAAGAGGGUAAACCUGUGUCUUCCUAUUUAUCUUACAUUAUCCCAUCAAUCUACUUUGAUGGAUCAAACUCAAGCAAGAAUCAGCAUGAUCAUAAAGCAACUCAUUCAUCUUCUUCUGGAUAUAAUUAUCAGAAUUUUGAGUAUCAAGAUGUUCCAUAUGUCGAUUGUGAUCCCGCCGCAUGUAACAGCACAGAUUUAACGAAAGAUGAAAUUAUCAAUGAAGACAGAACCUCUACAAGGAAUAGUAGUAGUUGUAGUUCCGAGGUUUAUGAAGAAGCAAAUGGGCACACUCCAAAUAAUUUAAAGAGGUCUCCGAUCAAUCUUUCAGACGACUCUACUUUUAUAUCUCCAGAGUUGCAUGAAUUUUUCGAAUCAUGCCUCCCUAAUAUUGUAAAAGGACGUCAAUGGGUCUUACUUUAUAGUACGUUGAAACAUGGAAUAUCGCUUCGUACACUUAUUCGCAAAAGCGCUGAACUUCCUGGCCCUGGUUUGCUGAUUGUUGGAGAUAAGCAAGGUGCUAUGUUUGGCGGGCUGCUAGAUUGCCCUUUGAAACCUUCAGCAAAGAGGAAAUAUCAAGGGACAAACCAAACUUUUGUCUUUACAACUCUAUACGGUGAACCAAGGCUGUUUCGACCUACUGGUGCGAACCGAUACUACUUCAUGUGUAUGAACGACUUACUUGGACUUGGCGGUGGGGGUAAUUUUGCUUUAUGCUUAGAUGGAGAUCUGUUAAAUGGAACUAGUGGACCUUGUGAUACAUUUGGAAACCAAUGUCUAGCUCAUAGUCCAGAGUUUGAGCCGAAGAAUAUUGAGUUGUGGGGAUUUACACAUGCUAUGCAAGGAUAAGAGAUAUCUUUAUUUCAGUGUCUAAUAGAAGCUCUCUCCUGUUUUUUAUUUCACUAUUAAAAUUUAGUUUAGCUUCGAGAGGGUGACUGUUUACACCUACACAAUCGAUUCAUUCGAUAUAGUUUCAAACAAUGUCCCAUGUUUUUGUCGGUAGAUUGUAUGUUUAAAAUUCGGUUGUUCCCAAAUUUGGAUUUGUGGAAGUUAGAUAUAUGGUUGGAACACAUUGUUGUGUGGUAGAGAAUAUGUAAGGUGAGGUAAAGCAGUGUCACCACUCACUAGCAAUAAUCAAAAUGAAUGUUUAUAGUUGAGUGGGAACAAUGUUAUAGCCACAGCCACAUGUAUGAAGUGAAGUAUUAACAUUGAUGCAAAUGUUGAGAUUGAAGUAUAGUUGGUACCAAAGUGCAGUUAUUGAGAGAGUAUAAUUAUUUA